AUGAACUAAGAGAUUGUCGAUAGUAUUUCUUUACUAUUGGGAUACACAAUUCUAAUUAGUGUAGGGUACUCUUGGUAAAGACAUUUAUAAAAACUUGAAUAACAAAAAGAAAAACCAAAAGAAUUAGAAACCAUCAAGAAUAAUGCUUAGGAGGAUAAUCCAGUAGAUUAGCCAGACCUUAAUAGUCCCAAGACUAGUCAAGGAAAACAAGAGUAAGUUGGUUUACUUGAGCUGUAUUUGUAUAGCUACAAAUAAUUCAAAUAGAAUAAACAAAACAUUGAGCUAAUUAAGAUCGGAUAAUACAUUUUAUAUAUCUCCAACAAUCUGAUGGUUGUUUCAAUCAUGAAUGCUUAUUAUGGUAUUGAGGACUUUAAUAAAUCAUCUUGGAUUUUAGGUUUAUUGAUUGUUCCAAUCUACAAUUUAAUAUAGCUAAUCAUAUUUUUGUUUGCAUAUUUAUUAGCUUAUAGAAUACUAAAGAAAAAAUUGAUAGAGAAUAUUGACACAAAAUUCAUACUAGUUGGUUAUUUCUAUUUUAUUUUGGGGAACUUAAUCAUCGUGUCAUCUAUCAGUGGAGAUGAUUAUUUGUUUGAUAAGGCUUUAUCAAUCUGUGCCAUUCAAUAUAUAUUAGAAAUAGUUCUAAAUAAAUUAAUAGAAAAGGGAGAUCUAGAUGUUGUAUUAAAAUUGGAUACAAUUUUGAAAAAACUUUGA